AUGUCACACAACAUUCUCGUGAUCGGCGCUGGUGAGCUGGGCACUGAAGUUCUACACGCCUUGGUUGAGCACCCACAAGACACAACAGUGGCUGUGCUCUUACGUUCCAACAGCAUCGCUUCCACCGACCCUGCAAAGCAAACGCAAAUCCAAGCUCUACAGACUCUCGGAGUGCGAUUAGUCCCCGGCGACAUUGUUGAGGAUUCGGAGCAGAAACUGGCCUCGAUUUUCGCCGGCUAUGACACCAUCAUCGGCUGCACAGGCUUUGUGUCUGGUAAAGGGACCCAAAUGAAAAGCACUCGCGCCGUGCUGGCAGCAAAGACAGCCCGGUAUAUCCCCUGGCAGUUCGGGGUCGAUUACGAUGCCAUCGGGCGCGGGUCGGCCCAGGAUGUCUUUGACGAGCAGCUGGAUGUUCGCGAUUUGCUCCGAUCCCAGCAAACAACCCGUUGGGCAAUUGUAUCCACGGGCAUGUUCACCAGCUUUCUGUUCGCUCCAUUUUUUGGGGUCGUUGAUCUCGACCAUGCCACGGUCUGUGCCCUAGGAAGCUGGGAGAAUCGCGUAACGGUUACCACGCCCAAGGAUAUUGGGCGGCUGACGGCGGAGAUUGUGCUAGGAAGUGAAAGUGACGAGUUGUUCUCCAACAAGGCCAUCUUUGUGGGCGGCGAUACGAUCAGCUACGGACAGCUGGCGCAGCUGGUGGAGCAUGUUGCGCAGAAGCCGAUCACAAGACGGGUUCUUUCCGUGGCUGAUAUGCAGGUUGCUCUGGAAAAUGACCCGACCAAUGCGAUGCUCAAAUACCAGAUUGUUUUUGGGCAGGGCCGUGGUGUGGCGUGGGAUCUCUCCGAGACGUGGAAUCACCGAGGCAUCCGUGCGAAGACAGCCGAGGAAUGGGCCAAGGAAAACCUGGUGUGA